UAUUUUGGGCUGUCUCGGGGGAAGAGAGAGGAGAAUGCGGAUUGUUCUUUUACCGGCUGUGUUUUAUGGUGUCGCACUGAGAUGGAAAAACUAUAAAACGCCUGUUCAUGCCUCCAUAAAUCCAAAUUAAGUCCGUCGAGUGGAAAUCGUUUGAUUUACGGACUAGGUGUAAUAAGUAACAGACGCUUUUGUGUUGCAACAUCAACAACAACAACAAAAAAAACUAGCUCGUGUAUAGCUAAAUAGCACGGGAAUGGACUCUCAGCCUGGUGUGUGCGUUUUCUUAAGACCGUGGGACUUGUUUGCAUUGGUUUCUUCGUUGAUAACCAGCUGAACAAAGAAAUUGAACCGAUAAAGACCUACAACAAAGAAUCCGCGUGCAUGCCCUCAAAUCUCGCGAGAAGGCGCGUGGCUUCAGCACUUUGACAUUCGAACUUUCUGCCGUUCGGUUUGUCGGCCGCUCUCGGCGAACUGGACCCGACCUGUCGGCUUGGGUUUAUCCGUGUAGGUUUCCUGACACGGCUAUACACGCGUACAGUCAUAACAGUAUGACUCAAAACAUGAGUCAGUCCAGACGUGAUAUCUAACCCGGUAAUUAGCUAGCUAGCUACGGGAGUUUCGGUUGUGCGCGCGCGGCAUACAGAGAAACUGGAGAUAAUCGAGGAUGACGGUGCACGUCUUUCCGUGAAACAGAAGCUUGGCUCACAUUUGGAACCUUGUGCAACCCUGUGGCUUACAACUGCACAACAAGUAUUACAGCCUGGCCUUUUCACAUCACACCUUAUGUUGAACGAACGUUACCUACAUUUCAUCGUACAAUGGAUGACCUGAGUUCAAAAGCUCUUGUGCAUUGUUAUCAUUUUGUGCUAGACUGUGAAUUGGUCUCUCCCUGCUUCAUUCAUAGUGCUCUUCCAGUGCUUUACUCAAGCCCUUUAGUUUGUAAGAGCAUUGACUUCAUUUGAGCAAUCCCAAAAAACAAGAAAGAAGCCUUUUAGUAUUUUUAAGUGUAUGGAAGUUAUCUAGCUUUUGAGUGUCUCCUCACUCUGUGAGUGGAGAUAUGUCUGAAAGUUUUACAGAAAAGAUGGUCAAAUUCCUGUCCCCUGCUUCAAAGAACAGCAAUGGCUCCAACUCGGACACACAGUUGGGUGAACGGAUCGGUCCAGAGGUCCGCCGUAGGCACCACACCAUGGAGCGGGACUCGAAAGCUGAGCAUCGAUUUGUGCGGCGCAGUGUUAUUUGUGACUCGAACGCUACAGCUUUGGAGCUUCCUAGCAAAAUUGUUUUCCUGAAUGCCCCACUGGAUGUUUCAACCACAUCCACUGAUCUGAACACAGAUGAAAUUAAAAUCACAGCUCAGACUGAGAACCUUACUCUGCCUGAUGGGCCCAUUGUUGCCGAGAAUGUGGAGGGAGGGAAAGAUGGCCUCCAUGAGCAGAUAGUUGCAGAACAGAGGCCUGUUGUGGAAACGAAGAAAGAACCAUGUCUGGAGCCAGACAGCAAGACAGCAGGUCAGGAGUUGGGCAGUAGCCUAGGCACAAAACAGGAAAAUGAUAAGGAGGAAGAUGAAGAUGCCAAGUCGAAGGCUCGUGUAGAUUCAGGGCAACAGCGCGGGACUGAGAAGAAAGACGCAGAGGAUAUAGAGGAGGUGGAGACGAAGGCUGUUGGAACUUCGCCUGAUGGCCGAUUUUUGAAGUUUGACAUUGAGAUUGGACGUGGCUCAUUCAAGACUGUGUAUAAAGGAUUGGAUACGGAGACAACUGUGGAGGUGGCAUGGUGCGAACUGCAGGACCGCAAGUUGUCCAAGUCAGAGCGACAACGCUUCAAGGAAGAAGCAGGCAUGCUGAAGGGCCUGCAGCACCCUAACAUUGUGCGCUUCUAUGAUUCCUGGGAGGCUCCCUGCAAAGGGAAGAAAUGUAUAGUGCUUGUGACGGAGCUCAUGACAUCAGGCACGCUAAAGACGUAUCUGAAGCGGUUCAAGGAGAUGAAGAUCAAAGUUUUAAGAAGUUGGUGUCGGCAAAUCCUGAAAGGGCUUCACUUCCUUCAUACGAGGUCUCCUCCCAUCAUCCACCGUGACCUCAAGUGUGACAACAUCUUCAUCACUGGGCCCACCGGAUCUGUUAAGAUCGGUGACCUGGGCCUCGCUACUCUCAAGAGGGCUUCUUUUGCCAAGAGUGUCAUAGGUACCCCUGAGUUCAUGGCGCCUGAGAUGUAUGAGGAGAAGUAUGACGAGUCAGUGGAUGUCUAUGCCUUUGGGAUGUGUAUGCUGGAGAUGGCUACUUCUGAGUACCCGUACUCCGAGUGCCAGAAUGCGGCACAGAUCUAUCGCAGAGUGACCAGCGGAGUGAAGCCUGGCAGUUUCGAUAAGGUAGCCUUUCCUGAAGUCAAAGAAAUCAUCGAAGGAUGUAUUCGUCAAAACAAAGAUGAGAGAUAUUCCAUCAAGGAUCUGCUGAAUCACGCCUUUUUUCAGGAAGAAACAGGGGUUCGUGUUGAGCUUGCUGAAGAGGAUGAUGGUGAGAUGGUGGCCAUCAAGCUAUGGCUGCGCAUUGAGGAUGUUAAGAAGCUCAAAGGGAAAUACAAGGAUAACGAGGCCAUUGAGUUUUCCUUUGACCUCCACAAAGAUGUCCCAGAGGAUGUGGCACAGGAGAUGGUUGACUCAGGCUAUGUGUGUGAGGGUGAUCAUAAGACCAUAGCCAAGGCUGUGAAGGACCGUGUGGCUCUGAUCUGUAGGAAGAGGGAACAGCGGAAGCUUGUGCGGGAAGAACAGGAGAAGAGGAAGCAGGAAGAGGAAAGGGGGCAGCAGCUUCUCAGUGAGCCAACUCCUGCUCACUCCUCCACCACAAAUCCCCACAUGUCGACUUUGACACCAGUUCCCAUAGAGACAGAGGAGCCAGAGGGGGAGCAGCACCACCUGCAACAGCAGCCUGGAGUGCCUGUUUCAUCUGUAGGCGGUAUGGAGGCCCAGUAUUCACUGACUGCAUCAGAGUCUCAUCCUGUUCAGCCGGUGCUGCCCUCUUACAGCUCUAUGCAGCCUGAGCAACACCCUCAGACCUCUGCCACACAACACAGCUCUCAUUCCCAACUUCCUCAGCAGCAUGCUGUCCACCCACAUAGUCUGCCACAGGUUCCGUCCUCACAAGGAAGCAGUACCCAGCCUCUUAUUCCCGUAUCCCAUCCUGAAUAUAGUGCUCCACAGCAGACCACUCUGCCAGCUUCUGUUCAGCCUAGCAUCUCCCAACAGCAUAACCAGCCCCCGCUGGACACUGCACCACAGAGCUCAACUCAUCCACCACCAACGCACAGCUCUCAGGUGGCCCAGGCUCCUCUAAGUGUUUCCCAGUCUCCAGAUCAGACUCAAACACAGUCCCUGCUGAUUCCACCGUCUGCAGAGAGUGGCCUGUCAGAUGCAGCUUCAGGGUUGAGUGAUGGGAAUGAGGGCAAGCAUGAGGCUAGUUCCACAAAGCGCUACCAGCGCCGCUCAGUCCGUAGCCGUUCACGUCAGGACAAGUCUGCCAAGCCCAAGCUUGUUGUGCUUAAUAUUUCCAAUAUUGGUGACAGAGUGGCUGAAUGCCAGCUGGAAACCCACAACAGGAAAAUGGUGACGUUUAAGUUUGAUCUGGAUGGAGACAACCCUGAAGAAAUUGCACACAUCAUGGUCGAAAGUGACUUCAUUCUGGAGAGUGAGCGCGAGUCCUUUAUAGACCAGGUGCAAGAGGUUAUAGACAUGGCAGAUGAGAAGAGAGAAGCUGCUAAAGACGGCCAUUCUCAGGUGAUGAAUGAUGCUAAACAAAUACCAGAUAUAUCAAGUCCAAUUCUGCCAGGUCUGCCACCCAGUGUGGCUGCACAGGUGGUGCACUCAGCAGGGCGUCGUUUCAUUGUCAGCCCUGUACCAGAAUCACGACUUCGAGAGUCAUUUUUUGGCCCUCCCUCGGCCAGCACAUCUACUGGAGAUGAACUAACAGGGUCUGAUCCUGCCCCAGCUAACCAUACACAACAAGGGCAAACUAUCCUGCCUCCCAACACCAGCCAGCCCUCAGUAUUACCCCCUCAACCUGUAUACCAGGGCUCAAUUGCAGUUGCUCAGAGCACUUCUGCCACUGUGCCUGUUGGUUCUACUUCCCCACCUACUUCUGCUCAGAUAUCCCGGACAGGCAGGACAUCCCCUUCCCUUGCCCCAUCAGAUCAGCCCAUUACUCAGCGUCGAACCUCUCUUCCCACUCCAACUAUUCCCUACCAGCUGCCUGAGAGCAGCAUAACUGUUCCAACCUCUGUUGGAGAACCGCUUCCUGCUCCUGCCCACAAUUCAACUGCCACACCUCUGUCUGUAGUUGCCCCCAGUCAGUGUGGGGAGAGCGAAGGGGAGAUACAGGGAAAAUCACCUGGAAUUGAGGAUAUUCAGGCACUGGACAAGAAGCUCCGUUCUCUAUUCCAUGACCAGAGUUCGUCCUCUGGCUCCUCAGCCCAGGCGGAUACAUCAGGAGAUGUGGUCCCUACCUCCUCACCUCCCAACACCAUCAGUUCUCCCCCUCCUGGCCUGGCAUCCACUGCAGGCCAUGUGACACCAGCUAGCUUGUCUUUGAGCUCCAGUGGCCACUUUACUCCUGGCAUUUUUGUCUCUCAAAGCCAAGGAGGUUCAGUUACUGUACAUGUGCAAACUAGUCAAGUUGAUACUGGUGUACCAAGACUGCUGAAUUCUGUAAGCGGACCCCAAGAUGGCCUUACCACUGUAGAGAACAAACAACUGGUGACCCCACCAACGGGCGAAGGUUUCAGACUUGGUCGAUUUCAGGUUUCUGUGGCCACUGACGAAGCUGUGGACGGUGUCUCUUGCCAGAAUACCAUGCCGUCAUCUUCAUCUACAGCGUCUUCGUCUACAUCCUCAACGUCCUCAGCAGUCUCAAGCCCUGAAAACACUGUUCAUAGGCACCAAACCCUGCCAAGCCCUGGGCAUGACCUUUCAGAAUCCAUUACUUCUGCUGCCUCUGGACCUCCUCCUCCUGCUGCUGCUGCUAUUACUACAAUUGGGCGCUUUCAGGUGACCUCAGAUGUCAAAGUGGGACGUUUCUCAGUUACUCCAGCUGAAAAGGAGGAGGCAGACUUAAAAGAAGAGGAAGAUGUUAGAGUCAGUGUACCCACAGUCCAGCCUAACUCCCAGUUCGUAAGCAGCGAUGACUCCGAGCCAGAGGAUGAAACCUUUAAGAAAGAGAUCAGACAGCUCAGGGAGAGGCAUGUGACUGAGAUCCAGGCCUUGCAGUCUAAGCAAAAGAAGGAGAUUGAGGCGCUAUUUGCAAGGAUGGGCAAAGCACGUCCCUCCAUAAUGGCCUCCUCCCCUGUAGCUGUGGCAGGAGCCCGGCGUAGGCUCACCAAAAGCAAGAACAACAAAUCCAGCCGCAGUGGCAGCAUCCACAACAGUCCUCAUCAGCAUGGAGACAGGCGAAACAAACAGGCUUCAGUCAGUCAGAUGACUGCAGGACAGGUUCCAGAUAUUCCUGAUACACUUGUUCAGGAUGUUCAGUCAGAAGGGACCACCAUCACAAAUAAGGCAGAAAAUGGGUCAAAUCAAGCUGCUAACCUUCCACGAAAAGGCACAUUUACAGAUGACCUUCACCAGCUGGUGGAUGAUUUUGCUCGGGAUGCCAUGAACCACACACAGGUCAAGAAGAAUAGCAAACAAAAUUCACAAAGCCUUGAUACAAUUCCUCGCAAGUUCUCUGCACCAGGCCAGCUGUGCUCCAUGGGUGGUCCUGUAUGUGCUCCCUGCUCCAACUCUUCUGCUGGAAGGAAGGGUUCAUUGUGCUUAACAUCCCAGCAGCACACCUACCCCUGUGCCCCUUAUGUCCACACACAGUGGGUAGGGCCUGCAGGAAAUGCAGUAGGCUUGUUACAGCCUACAGCUACAAAUGCUCUCCAGCCAGGUUUCCAUGUGGCUGCAGGAGCUCACAAAGCUGGAAGUAACGGUGGAGGAACCAACAUGCGGACCACUCAGGCAAGCUGAGAUGCAAGGGACGUUACAACGCACAUGGAUUUAGCCUAAUUGUUGACUGUGAACUGUGUUCUAUCAGCAUAUUUUAGUCCCAGACUAGACUUAAUCUCUGUCUAGCAAACCAGCUUUACAGAAGGCAGGGUAGUACGGUAAAGGAGUAUACUCUACUGAAAAGUCUCAAGCUUGUCUUUAUUUUAAUCUGUGGGAAAAUGUAAGUAGACUGUUUAUAGUAAACAGCAGCCAGAAAGCCUGUAAGGGUCUCUGUGACUUGGUUAGUAUGUCAGAGGUAUGUGUUAUAGGGCAAUAAGCCUUUGGGCCUUACAGGGUGAAUGUGUACAGAUUGGUAUGACAGUGCUUGACUAAGACAAAACUAAAGCUUUAAAGGCCUUAAUUACUAAGCGUUAGUCUCUUUAAAUGGGGAUGCAUGGAUGUCAUGCUUUGUAAUGUAAAAAGGUUCUUAGUAUGCAGCUAAAUGGUUAACACUUUCUUAAGCAGCUUGCAGUUUAGCUUAAAUGUGUCCUUAUCUACACUGUAUAGUAAUUGAAAACAGCGUGAUGAAUUUGGAUUAUAAAUGCUGCCAAUACACAUCAUCUGUACCUAAGCUAGACAGCAAUAAAUGGGAUAAAAGUAAGUUGGUGGUAUGUUGGAGCAAGGAAAAGCUUUGGUUUGUUAAAACAGAGAUUCAGGUUUAAAUCAUAUAACAUUUAUUGCAUAGUAAUCAUGAAUAGUAGGGGACCUGUUUGUUUUGAGAUUAUGAAAAAUGUUUUUCAAAAAAUUCUUCAAAAAUGUUAUAAUUUGACCUAAGGACAGAGAUGUGCAAUAUAUGAAGGUUAAUUAAGCAGGGUGAUCGAGCACUUGACAAACCUUACAUCUUGUUCCAUUCUAAGUAUUUGCAUUGUGACUUUUGUAUUUGUGACUGUAUUUCACUAUACAUCAUGUAGGCCUGUAUUCUCUCCAAAACUCCUGCUGUAACUCGAUGGACGUAUCGAGGGCAUGUGGGUUGUAGGCGUCCUGCAGUGGCUACGGCGCGUAGCUUUCUGCAGACCCCUGGACUGCAUGCGUACGGGGUGCCUUCUUAAAUGAUCUUAUUUGUUGUGCCAACCUUGACGCACAGCUAUCCUGUCUAUAAUGCAUUUUCUCUAAGUAUAUUUGUCACAGUUCACGCUGGCUUUAACUAUCCUGCUCAGAUUGGUAGAAAGUUCUCUUGAAUGACUAAUCACCAUAUAUAGGAAUGUUGCUGUGAAGUAAAUUAACAAUCGUAUCCAAAAAUCACUCUCUGCAGAUUACAGUAUUGCACAAUUUGUCUUUAUACUCUCAGUACCACUCUCCUAAACAUAAUUACUAAGCCACAAAACACAGUGCCAUUCCCACACAGAAGUGAUUUUCUCUCACCUCUGAAAUGAUUCGCUCGACUUCUCUAGAGAAGGAAAAACGUUACUGCAAUGCAGAAUAUGCACCGUUUUAAAAGGUUAAGCAGGCUCUGGAGGCUAAUGUUACUUUUGAUACUUGAGUGCAUGAAUUUUUCUAAACCUUUUCUUUAAUCAUAUUUUCAUAAACCAUUUGUUCGCAACAGUUUUUAAAGUACCACUCUGUCACAACACACACAACUCCAUCGUUCUCAAAACUGCAUGUUUUAAACCUGGAAUAUUUCACCUGUUUAUUAAAUCAGCAUUAAACGUUUUAGGUUAGGAAAAAGGUAAUAUUAAAACAUUCUCAGUUUUGUCCCAGGUCUUUUUGGUGAUUAUAUUGAAUGUUGUGUUAAUCUUGUGUCUCUCUCUCUCUCUCUCUCUUUUUUUUUUUUUUAAAGUGUAUAUACCAGAGAUGAUUAAAACAUUUUGGAAAUUA